CGUCACACUUUUCUUGCUCAGAUGAACUGACAAGACAGGGCGUGGAGCCUCCUGUACACUGGACUCGAAUUUCGCUUUUUGCCUUUGGUGUGAAUAGGGCGUGUGUUUCUUGGUUCUGCAAAGGAGGAAAAUCGCCACAAUAUGAGGGUGCUCAGGUCUUUCGCCGUCUUUUCGCUCUUCUCGUUACUGCUCAUGUCCGUGUUUUUGGACGAGGUUGAGGGACGGCGCAAAAUUCUGCGAGGUCGAAAGACAAUCAACAGGACCUACUACAAAUCUGCAGCAAUCCCCGCGUGGUCGAUAAUCGUGAUCAUGGCAGUGGUGAUCAUCAUCAUCGGCGGGGUGCUGUACGCCGUGAUGAAUCGUUUUGUGCUGGGAAGUGUCCCGGAGAACAGACGACCUUUAUACCAGCAGUGAGAAUAAUGGGCAGCAGAAAGGGAUUUCCUCUUCCACACUCUCCUCUUGUACAUAGAAAACACGCUCUUACGCAAAAGGAACGUCGAGCGAACUGUCCCCGAUAAUCACUUGCCCAACAAAGCACCACCUAAUCAUCACUCUUCCGGCCGACGCACUCCUAAUCCCACUUCUUGUACCCUUUUCACCAAUCACCCGCAAACGUGUCACAUUUCUGUUACUGGAAACGGGUAUAGUUUGCUCUACCACUUAUGACCCAUUGUGUAGACGUUCAAAAAUACGUUCACAAAUAUAAAUUGUUUGUCAUUUUUUUAUAUAAUUAAUUGUUUACUUUUAAUAAUAAAAAAAUUAGUGUAG